UUCUAACAGAGUGCAGGAGGUGAAAUGGAACGUAGAGAAACGCAGCAUGUCUCAGAAAGUUGCGCUGAAGUCUCCGUGAAUCGACUCGUACGUCAGAAAAACGCUUGCGGCUGUAGAAGUUUGUCCGCAGCGAUGCUAACGCUAGCUUCACUUCCGCGGUUUGACCAUGAACCCCAACAGCUGUGCGGCGUCAACGACCGACCAGACACGAGCUGUAUCACAGAGGAGCGACACUUGUUGGUCUCAGAGAGACCGACGGACAGAGAGGGAGGAGAAGACUUCAGGGCUCCUUCCUGGUCAUGUUCAUCCGGGGAGAAGGCUCGUGUUCGGAGCUAAACUGGCGCUGGACGUGUAGUUUAUCUAAGGAGACUCCAUUUGUCUUCCUGCAGCCAGAGACACCGGAGCAGCAGGGCACACAACGCCGCACAGUGGAUCCAGGCCUAGACGAUCGUCCUCUGAAUGAAACGGGAUGAUCUUCAGUGCUGGGACAUGCUCCUCCCGUGUGUCCUCUGUCCUUUUCACACCUGAAGCCUGGACAGCGUCCCCGGAGAGGACGGUGUCUGCGUCUGACCUGCGGAUCCCACAGAAUGAGGCAUACAACUCAGAUUUACGAUGAUAUAAGAUGCAGGGGAACUGAUCCAUGGGGAAGCUUUGAUAUCCUCCCUCCUAAAAGUGUGUUCGUUGAUGUUGUUCAUCACUUACCUCUCAGUCAGUCUAAGUGGUGAGGCAGCAGUCAAAGGCACGGUCAGCAGCAGCAGAACAAUUAUCUCCAUUCCGCACUGGCCUGUGGCAGAAAAUCAUUUAUCCUCAACAGACUUAUUCUUAAUUUCUUAAAAACUGAGUAUUAGCCAUAAAAACUCAGAUACAUUAGACAUUAUCCCAAAAAUGUAAUAAACACCUUAAGUAUGAGCAUUAGAGACCUUAUCAGAUUAGAAAUGACACAAAUGAAGAAUGAUACUCACCAACAAGAAAAUGUAAAAACCUGCUGUGGCUGUUUGAGUGAACCAUCAAUCCAGAUGUGCAGUUGUAGUGCUUUGCAGAUCGCUGAGAUGCUCGAACCUGUCUCCUGUCACCUAUCUCCACAUCUGGUCCUUUUAUAGUGGGAUGGCAGGGUGUGGGGGCGUGGCCGUCCCUAGUCAUCACACCGCACUGACCCACUCCAACUCAUUAAUCAUCGGCUGGGUGGCAGUUUUAUCUUCUAUUUACACGAGCUGCGAUACUAACAUAAACAACCUAUUUAACCAUACGCAGUAUUGUACUUAUACUCAAAGUGACCUUGUACCUCGUGUGAUGUUUACAUUGAUUCUUAUGUUGGCUCUUUGCUCCACCCCCCCUCCCCCCCAACAUCCUCCUCCAUCCCUCCUCUCCCUCACUCCACUUGCUGCUGAGCAAUUGUUCCAGAAAAUCAUUCUUUCAUUUCCAUCACCUGCAGGAAGCCCGGCGGGCCCAAAAUAGCACUGAUUUUCCUCCAGGCGUUUCUUUAUCGCUGUCGCUUUCCUGUGGGUUUUUUCCUUUGACUCACUUUGGCCGUCAAUAUGUUUAUUCCUGAAAUGUCCUUCAUCCCACCCCCCACCCCCCAAAUUAAAUACAGUGUUCGGAAAAACAACUGUUCGAUCUUACCCCUCACCUCAAGGAUAAUUUGUUUUGAUCACUUUAUGUCGGUUUAUGUCUUUUCUUCCCCCCCUGCUCACAGGAACAAGGAAUAAUUAGCUUUUCAGGAUUGCCACAUUUGAACAUCUCUUUCAGGAAGUUCUCCCAUAAUUUCUUUAUCUUUUUAUAGGAUAGUAAAUCCACGGGGGAGCCGGUGUCACGUUUAAUGUUGUCCAGCCUCCACACGGUUUCUCCCAGCCUAUCUAUCUUCUCACUAAAUCACGACUUCCUCUCUUGAGUCUAUUGUGUAUCCUUUCCUGUGACUGCCAUCUGGGCAGCGUGAGUAUAGAGCACUGAGUCAUCACUGCCGCGCAUGCACACCACAGCAUAGGCAGUCAGAUGAUGAGGAAACCUUUUGAUUUCCCAUGAUUAAGCACUGAUUUCACACGUAGUUUGAUGAAUAAUUUCCUCUGAGAUGUUAUGACUGGUCUGCAGACAGUUAUAAUGUGUUAAAAAUUUCACAGCCUCUCCUGCUGGCGGGCUUGAGUAAAUAGGUCACUUUGGUCAAAAAUAUAAACAGGGAAUAAUUUUAAAACCCAAGUAAAUACAUCCUAAGUAUAAACUAACUUCUCUAGUCAAUAGCUUGGAACAACAGUCAUGUGCAGAGUCUGAAUCGGCUUCAUUGUCUGAGCAUGUGCACACGUACAAGGAUUUUGACUGUGUUCACAUUGCUCUCAGUGUACUUACUGUACAUAAAAUAAACAUGCAGCUAGGGAGGAGGAGAACAAUAAAACUGAACAAAUCAGUAAAAUGAUGGUUAAAAAUACUUAUACUCAAAGAUAAAGGGAUAAUGUUCCAACGAUCAAAGGUAAAGGUUAAAGGGACCUUUAUAUGAAUCUGGGAAAAAGUAGGUAGAAAUAUGUACACAGAGACUGCACUAACUGGCGGAGGCCUUUAACCGCAGAGCAGUAAUUUUAGUUUAUUAUUAUUAAAAUAAAAUAAGAGGAUGAACUAGAUUUAACCACAUCAAUAGCAACUAGAAACUAAAGCAAAAAAAAAUACAGCUAAUGUAGCAAAAAAGGAAGGGGGGUUAUAAUGCUGGGUUAUCUUACUGUCUGUGUUAGGUUGUCUUAUUGUCUGUGUGUGUUUGCUUAAUCAAACUACAUGUCUCCAUACACAUAUGAUGUUUCUCAUGUCCAAUGGAAGUUUCAUUUUUCCACUUAUCGGCCCAUGUUUGGAUCCUAAGGAAUUUUGAUGACACAAAAUGAUCUCACAUCACAGGUACAUUUCUUAAACUCCUAUUUACAGUACACACGGACGAGCACAGAGAAACCUUCUCUCUUGUGCAGAUGAAUGUGAAAACAACCUUGUAGUCAAACUCUGCAAAUAUGUAACAGGGCCGAGUGAAGAUGAGACAUUCAAGCGAAGUAAUGACAUUUGAAACACAUGUUUGCAUGGAGGGCGACUUUAAGAGGAUAACAAAUACAUUGCAAAUUUAGUCAUUAUUUUAGUAUAAACAAAGUGUAAAAAUUACUUUAUAUGAAUAUGAAUAUAUGAAGUUAAAAAUAUAUCAAAUGAAAAUAUUUUUGAUAAAUACAUUUAUUUCCCAGCCUUCAUACCUUAGAUAUUUUUCAUGAUAUAAAAUAUAUAGAUAUAAUAUCCUCUGGGCUCAUCAUAUGGGAUACAACUAUAUAUGUCACAAAUACACAAAGAGAUCAACACUCUGUCCAAAAUAGCUUCAUCAAAGUGGAUUGACCCUGAGAACGUACAGUGGGGAGUUGAGUUAAGGCUACAUGCAGUAUCGAGUGUCCCAGGUGUUAUGACAGCGAGUCACGAGAUGAGUCUGGGUCAGGAUGAUUAAAGUCGACAGUCCUGGAUGGCGUAACUCAGGAACAAUGCUUGUUUUUAAAGGUCACCGAAGGUCCUUCGCCCCCUUGUAGCUCCGACUUGUUGAUAUCCGAUAUGUCAGGCGGUCAAUUCCUCUUGGAGGGAAUAUGCGUUUGCUUCCAGGAGAACAGUUUGUCAGAACUCCUCUGACUUUUCUCCCGCUCUCGCUGACACACAUCCUGUUGUUGUUGCAGGCCCGCGGCUACCAGCCGGCCACUUCAGCCUCUCUGCCCUGCUUCCUCUGCCCACUGGGCACAAGAGAGAGCAUCCUGCCAGGAAGGCCCGUCUGACACUCGCACAUCAUCUUCUCACAGUUCUCAGCUUCUCAGGUCACUCACCACUCUCUGCCACAAGCGUGUAAAACAUCUAUUUCAGACAGUAGAAAGUAAACAAAACUCUUUUACAUUUUAUAACGUGCAGUUACAUUGUGCAAGAGAUAAAUAAUCCUCUGAGUAAAUUGACUGCACCAUAAAUUGCUCCAUCUUGUGGGAGUAGACACAAACAUUAUCUUGAUAAUAGAGAGUGCACAACAUGUAAUUCACUGUACGUUGUCAUUUAUGACGGAUUUGACUUAAUACAAAUCCACAUGUUUUAAGCUGCAAACUAUACUGACGACUCUGCGAACACAUUUCACAGCGAUGUUUUUCAAGUCCAGCUUAGAGGAGCUCCAACACGCAACAGCUAGAGAAGCGACAUUAAAACUAAAUCUUAAUGGUUAUUUUAGUGUUUCCUCGGCCAUCAGCAGCUGUGAGUGAAACAGAUAGACGCUGGACAGACAGAGACAGACAGAGAGAGAGAAAGAGUUGUGCAGCGGCAGUCUGGAAACCUGUAAAAGGUCGGAGGGUCAACACAGAGAGAUAUAAGCCUAGAGUCCAUUAGUGGAUUAUAACCAUAACCACUCCAUGGCUACUGCAUCUCUCCUGGAUUAAAGUGAGAGAGUGUGAGGGAGAGUGUGAGGGAGAGUGAGUGCGUGAGGGCGACUGGAAAGUGAGGUGACCAAAUUCGAAUGCUGAAUACUGGACAUGUGGAUCGAGAAACACAGAGGAACACGCUGAACUGAGCUGUUUGAGUAGAUUCGAGGAGGUUCUGGCACAAGUACGGUCCGACACCUGGCUGAUUGAGUGAACAGACAGAGGAGCCAUGGAUGUAGACGUGGAGGGGAUUAUCCUGUGCAUUAAGGAGGGGGAUGAGACCGGUGUUCAGACUCAGCUGCAGGAGUUCAACAAAGAGUACGCCCAGUGCUUCUUCUUCGACGCCGAGGAGCGGGACCGGAGGAAACAAAGAAAACUAGAAGAGUUCAGGCAUAAUAAAGUGAGGGAUUAUGCUGAUUCUGACUCCGACUGCGAUGAGGAUGACCAGGAGGAUCGUGGCUUCAUCCUCAGACAGAAUUUAGCUGUGGUCCUCUUGAGGUUUAUUAGAACAGGAGUUAAAUUACAUCUGCUGAGGGUGUGUGUACGCACCCUGAGGAUCCUGUCCAGGGACAAGAAGGUCUUGGGCCCCUUUGUGACAGACAACGCUCUGCUGACUCUGGCCAAACUAGCAGGGCUGACCACAACCGAUGCCAGCGAUGAAGCCUGCGACCCCGACUCUGAUUUCUACGACAACAUCAUCGCUUCCCUUACCGAGGCCAAAGUCCUCAACUCCGGUGUCGAGGAGGAGGAAGGCGACGCAGAGACCGAGGCCAACGACCAGAGCGAAGAGUGCUCAGCCAUAGACGAGGACGUCAAGAGUGAAGACAGCAUCGUCAACAGCGGGGAAGUGGACAGUGUCAGCGGGAUUGGGAGCCACAGGACCAGCAUCAACGAGAUGCACAGAGGCAGCAUCCAUCACAAGGUGCUGGAGCGAGGGAGGAAGGACCGCAGAGAGAGCAAAGUGGAGGGGAUGGAGGAGGAGGAGGACGGGGAGUCAGGAGAGGAGGCUCUGAGGAAAGAGGCCAUGAAGGUGUUAUGUAACGUGGUGUACAACAGCACCUGGGCACAGGAGAGGUUCAGUGCUCUCAGCCUCCUGAGUGGUCUCAUGGAGUGUCUGUCCACCAGCGUCAGCUCCUCAUCUCCCUCCAGUGUUCAGUUCUACGAACUACGCCUGAUGUUCCUCAUCACUGCUCUGCGGCCUGAGCUCAGAACUCAGCUCCAGCAGGAGGGCGGGUUGCCCGUCCUCACAGCGGCCCUGGAGAGCGGCCUGGAGGUGCAGUGGAAGGAGCAGUACGAGUGUGCGCUGCAGCCGGUGGCAAAUCCAAUCUCCCUGGAAGCCUCCCAGCGUGUCAUAGAGAUACUGAAAAUCCUCUUUAACAUCACCUACAGCAGCCACAGACAGGAGCCCAGCGAGGAUAACGCAGCUCUUUACCGACACCUGGUGGCCAUCCUGCGUCUCUGCCUGAUGAGGAAGUGCACACUGUCAAACGACACUGAUGAGCUGCAGAGUCACACAGUGAACCUGCUGUCGGCGCUGCCCCUCCAGUGUCUCGACGUGUUGCUGCUGGUUCCUCAGGAUCCGGACUCGGAGCAGUGCCCGGGGGUCAACAUGGACUGUGUGAACAUCCUGCUGACAUUCAUGGAGAGACGCCUCGAGUCGGGUGAUAAAAUCAAAGAGAAGCUGACACCGAUCCUCAAUCUGCUGACAGAGAGCUGCAGGGCCCACAGGGAAACACGCCACUACAUCAGGAAACAUAUCCUGCCUCCUCUGACGGACGUAUCCCACCGGCCAGAGGAAGGCUCCACGGUGAAGAAUCGUCUGAUCCGUCUGAUGACUCACCUGGAUACAGACGUCAAGCACUGUGCUGCCGACCUCCUCUUUGUCCUCUGCAAGGAAAACGUGAGGCGUUUUGUCAAGUACACAGGUUACGGCAACGCAGCGGGCCUGCUGGCCACCAGGGGGCUGCUGUGCGGCCAGGGGCGCAGAAUGUCCAGCUCUGCCGGCCGCUAUUCCAGCGACUCCGACUCUGACACCGAGGAGUACCGGCAGGUCAAAGAUCGCAUCAACCCUGUGACGGGCCGGCUGGAGGUGGAGCAUUCGAACCCCAUGGAGGGCAUGACGGAGGAGGAGAAGGAGGAGGAGGCCAAGACGCUGAUGAUGCUCUUCAACAAGCUGUCCAGAAGUAACAACACCCAGACAAUGGGAGUGGACUCGGAGGGGAAGCUGGUCCCACUGUCGGGCCUGAGGGAGAACUCACUCGGUGAGGAGAUGAGGUCUGAGUCAGAGAAUGACGGAGAGGCAGAGGAAGGAGAGAAGAACUGAAACAUGUCAAAGUCCCUCAAUCUAAUUAAUUUCGGUAAUUCUUUUUCUUCAGUUUGAUAUGAAAGUAAAGGGGUUUAGGGACCUGCACACAAGAAAGGAUGUAAAAAUCUAUUUGUGAUUUUAUUUAUUUGAGUUAAUAAUAAUAAUAUAGAGCCAUUUUAAGGUCACAGUGGUUUGAGUCAAGAAUUGUAUUCUGAAUUGACAGUAGGUCAUGAUAACAUGAUGAACAUAUAUAAUAUUUUAAUAAAGUUUUGAAAUCAUA